AUGAGUGAUCCAGACCUAUGCCGAAUUAAACAAGAAGACACAGAGGAACCCAAAGACUUAAUGGACCUGAAAGUUGAAAGUGAUGAACUGGAUGAAGUUGAGGAGAAACACUACUCUCAGACACCUCAUCAUUUCAAAAUGAGAGAAACAUCCAGUAGCUUGCAGAUGGAAAAUACUUUAUUUCUAAAAAGAAAGCAAAGUACAGAAGCGGGAAAAUCCUCACCUCACUGUGAGAACAGUUUUACACUUAAAAGACAUUCUGAGGAACAUGUGAAAAUUCAAACAAGAAAGCUUCCAUGCACAUGUCUGGAGUGUGGAAAAAGUUUCACACGGAAAUCAAAUCUUGAUGUGCACAUGAGAGUUCACACUGGAGAACGCCCAUACACAUGUGAUCAGUGUGGAAAGAGUUUCAAACAGAAACAAAAACUUGACAGGCACAUGAGAAUUCACACUGGAGAGCAUCCAUACUCAUGUCUUGAGUGUGGAAAGAGUUUUAUAGAAAAAGUCAAUCUUAACAGGCACAUGAGAGUUCACAGUGGACAGUAUCCAUAUACAUGUCCUCAUUGUGAAAAGGGUUUUAUUCAGAAAUCGAUACUUGAAAGUCAUGUGAGAAUUCACACUGGAGAGCGUCCAUACGCAUGUCUUCAGUGUGACAGGAGUUUCAAAUAUAAAUCAAGUCUUGACAGACACAUGAGAAUUCACACUGGAGAGCGUCCAUACAUGUGUCUUCAGUGUGGAAAGAGUUUCACACAGAAAUCAAAUCUUAACAGCCACAUGAGAUGUCACACUGAAGAGCGUCCAUACUCAUGUCUUCAGUGUGGAAAGAGUUUCAAACGCAAAGAAAGUCUUGACAGCCACAUGAGAUGUCACACUGGAGAGCGUCCAUACGCAUGUCUUCAGUGUGGAAAGAGUUUCAAACGCAAAGAAAGUCUUGACAGCCACAUGAGAUGUCACACUGGAGAGCGUCCAUACGCAUGUCUUCAGUGUGACAGGAGUUUCAAACAUAAAUCAAGUCUUGACAACCACAUGAGAUGUCACACUGGAGAGCGUCCAUACUCAUGUCUUCAGUGUGGCAAGAGUUUCAGAUGGAGUGCUAGUCUUAAGAUUCACAUGAGAAUUCACACUGGAGAGCGUCAUAAACAUUGUCCUUAG